AUGUCUCGACUCAGCCAGGCCCUCCUCCUGGCCGCUGCCCUGCCUCUGGCGUACGCUCAGACCAUUGUGGUUGACGAUGCAGUAAUCGAAGCCAACAAGUCCACAGUGGCCCCGGCCGCUGAGCCCGUUGUCGUUGCCGCUUCCAAUGAUCUCUUGAAAGAGGAGAGCGUUCAGCUGACGGACGCCGUUUUGGCCAACCUCACGGACCUCUCCCUCUCCAACAUUUCCCUCUUUGACUUUGACACCACUGCCGCCGGGGAGAAGCGUUCUGGAACGGCCCGCACCUUCAACAAGUGCAAAACUUACCCCGGGGACCUCCUCUGGCCAAACAAGGCAGUAUGGAGUGUCUUCAACCUCCUCACCGGAUUUGCCGUCACUGAGACAGUGCCAAUCGGCGCUUCUUGCUUUGAUGACUUUGGCAACUAUGAUGCCACUCGUUGCGAGUACAUCACCAACCAGUGGACGAACUCUACGAUCCAUACCGAGGAUCCAACCUCAGUCAUGAGCCCUCUGUACCAGGGCCUGACUUGCAUGCCGCCCUCAGUCGACAACAGCUCCACCGGCACCUGCACCGUCGGUGGUUUCCCCUCGUACGUCGUUAAGGCCACGAAUGUGGCGCAGAUUCAGCUCGCGGUCAACUUUGCCCGCAACCUCAACAUUCGUCUCGUGGUCAAGAACACUGGUCAUGACUUCAACGGUCGCUCCUCUGGAUCCGGUGCCCUUUCCGUCUGGACCCACCACCUUAAGAGUAUCAACUUCUAUCAGACCUACACCACCUCCUCUUAUUCUGGCCCCGCUCUCAAGGUCGGUGCCGGUGUUCAGGGCUUUGAAUUGUAUGAAGCAGCUGAGAAGUUCGGUGUUACUGCCGUUGGAGGCGAGGGCAUGACUGUCGGCUAUGCUGGAGGCUACCUCGCUGGUGGUGGUCACUCACCGCUGUCGCCCAAGUACGGCAUUGCUGCUGACUCAGUCCUAAGCAUCGAUGUCGUCACUCCCGAUGGACGCUUCGUUACUGCCAACGAGAAGCAGAACACUGAGCUGUUCUGGGCUCUUCGAGGCGGCGGUGGAAACACCUAUGGUGUCGUUACCUCAUACGUCGUCAGGGCCUACCCCAAGAUCGACACCAUUGCCGUCAUGACCUUCAGCUUCAGCACCAGCGCGACCGUCAGCCACGAAGCCUUCUGGGCUGGCGUCAAGGCCUACUGGGAGGGACUUCCCACCUGGAACGCGGCCGGCAACUACGAGUACUGGAACAUCUUCCACACCGGCCCCGAUGCCCUUACCUUCACCAUGCUCCCCUGGUUCGCCCCCAACAUGACCCUCGUCCAACUCAAGGAGCUCACCGCUCCGCUUUUCGCCAAGUGGACGGAGCUGGGCAUCGCCGUCGAUCCCGUCUACACCGAGCACAAGAGCUUCCUCCCCGCCUGGAAGGCAGGAUUCCCCAAGGAGUCCGUCGGAGGUACGGCCGCCAAGACGGCGUGCCGUCUCUUCCCUACUGAGAACUUCUCCGACGCCACCAAGUUCAACGCUACCUUUGAGGCUAUCAAGGGUCUCAGCGACAAGGGCGGUCAGAUCAUUGGCUUCGGCAUCACCGGCGGCCCCGGCCCUUACCCCGACAACGCCGUCAACCCGGCGUGGCGCGGCGCUGCCAUGUUUGCCAUUUCCGUCAUGGGCUGGGACGUUGGCACGCCCGCUGAGGUUGUCGCUGAGAAGUCGAAGCUGUUGACCAACGAGUGGAUGAAGCCUUGGCGGGACGUCACUCCUGGCGGUGGCGGAUAUGCCAGCGAGGGUGACGUGACUGAGCCUGACUUCCAGCAGUCAUUCUACGGUACCGAGAAGUACGCCCGCCUGCUCGCAUUCAAGCAAAAGAUUGAUCCCACUGGUGUCUUCUAUGCCAACUUGGGUGUCGGCAGCGAAAGUUGGUACGUCACGCGCCAGCUUGAUGGCUUCCCGACUCAGAAUGGUCGUUUGUGCCGUGUUUGA